UGAACAUGCGGGCACGACUCGGAGAAGUACUUCUAGCAACACUCGAGGGACAAGAACAAGUCGUCUACGUCCCCAUGAUUUACUACUAAGAAUCGUCUUUGACGAUUCUUGAUAGUAUCAUCACUCCACCCCACCACACUGUUGUCCUCCCAGAAACAAUUCUCAGUUCAAUCGAAAUUCGUAAAUAAGAAAAGGAUGCUUUACCAGGAAACGAAUUUCAUCCUUUCUUCCGGCUUGUUGUAACCUUGCCUCCCACGUUGAUAAUAAGUAUCAAGUCUUCUCUCCUAUACGACUGUCACAAACUGCACGUACUGUACUACUUGCAGCAGAGAAGGAGAGAGCGCUGUCACAAACUGCACGGACUGUACUAGCAGAGAAGGAGAGAGCGUACUCCCUCAGCACGACUAGUUUCGAGUAAAAGAAUGUCGUCCCCUUCGCGCAAUAAAACGCGGGGCGGCAAGGGUGCAGUCUCAAAAAAGAGGGUCGCGCGUGACUUCUCUCUCUCAGAGGAACAGAAAAGCGAGUUAAAAGAAGCCUUCGAUCUUUUCGACACAGACGGUUCAGGAACGAUCGAUGCAAAAGAGCUCAAAGUCGCACUCAGAGCGCUAGGUAUAACUUUUUGGAUUUAAUAUAAGUGUGUUUAAAUUUGAUUUCUAGGUCUAGACUGGAAUAACCGAUCUUCUGUUUGUCAUACCAGAUUUCAUCUACAGUUUCGAAUUAAAAAUCACUCAUACCCCACGAUUGGGUACACUACUACUGCUACUACUAUUUAUUUGAUUUCUAGUUCUAGAGGCGAGCAGGUGCCGGUGGGACUCGUUGUGCAGGAUCCAUAACCUAACCUAACCUAGAUUGGAAUAACCGACUUUCUGUUUGUCAUACCAGAUUUCUACAGUGCGGACUCAUAAUUUUUCGCAUUGCAAUUGAACAACCAUUACAGGUUUUGAGCCAAGGAAAGAAGAGAUCAAAAAGCUAAUAUCAGGCUUCGACGGCGGAGAUGAGGGUGGUACUUAUCUUUAUCUAUGGUUCAUUUGCUCUUGAGAUUGAGUACCCACUCAGUAUAACCAUAAUCGAAUGUCUCCUAUUAACCAAGUCCAAGUCCCUUGUACACAGCACUUACUUUUUUCUUCAGUUUUUAGCACUUCCCUCCCGACCUGCUAAAACUAGAAGAAACUACAAACAAGUAACUUCCAAUACGACCAAGAACGAACCCAAAUCUUACAGCUGCCUCAAAGAAGCUAGAUUUUAACGAGUUUAUUGCCGCGAUGACGACAAAAAUGAGCGAAAGGGACACGAAGGCGCAAAUUGCAAAGGCCUUUUUGCUUUUCAAGGGCGAUUCGAACAAGAUCUCACUCGAAGAUCUGAAAGCGGUGGCGAAGGAACUAGGUACUACUUCUUAAAUUUUGAUAGACAAUUAAUUUCAGAAGAUGUCUUAGUUAGACUGCUCUUUCCGCCUUGUAAUCAAUUGGAAGAUGUUGUUGAAAAUAGCUAAGUCUAAGGGUAAGGUAUUUGUAUAAGUAGGAUGCUACAAAAAUCGACAAUCAACAACAUCGUACCUCGUUUUCCUGCUCUCACCGUCAACCCAGGUGAAACGAUGUCAGACGAGGAGCUCUUAGAAAUGAUCAAGGAGGCGGAUCGAGACGGGGAUGGUCUAGUAUCAGAGGAAGAGUUCCUAAGAAUUAUUCGGCGCUCGAGUUAGACGAUGCACCACCAGUACGUGACGAACAAUUCUACUUUCUUGGGCUCACACGACGGCUAUCUAUAAUGACCAUGACACUAAGAAUCCUACACGACAAUCGAAUACUCAUUUUCACCGAUGACACCUACUACAAAAACUUGUCAUUUGGGAAAGAAGAACAAGUUGAUGACUUUGACUCUCAUCUCUUGCUGACAAAUCAGACUGCAAAACUCACUGUAUCCCAGUGCCUAAACUCAUGAUCGAUCCUUCCCCUCCCUUGGAUCUCAAUUUUGUUGACCUGAACUAAGAGAAAACGAAUUUUGAUCUUCUUUUAACACACUUACAAGAACAGUUAUUCAU